AAUCCAGUCCGAGUCCAAUCCAAUCUCACGCCGGUCUGUCAUGGCGUUCGUCGCGUCGGUUUUCUGAACUUGUAGCCAAGUUGGUUGAUUGUGCUUUAAAACGCCGUAACUUCACGAAGUCGAUCUCGGACGCAUCAAGAUGAGUCGCCGCCGACCCUACGAGGAUGACGACGACGACGACUUCCGUCUGCGCAAGAGGCGGAGGGUCAGUUCGGAACCGAAAGAAAUCGAGGACAGGCUGGAGUCACUCAUCAUGAGGGUUGGCGAAAAGAGUACUUCUUCGUUGGAAAGCAACCUGGAAGGUUUGGCUGGUGUGCUGGAUGCGGAUCUUCCCAGCUACAAGGGAAACAUUCUCUCCAUCUUGGCGGAAUGUGCCAUCAAAAUGCCCGAGAAGACCACGAUCUACACAACCCUCAUCGGUCUGCUCAAUACGAGGAACUACAACUUUGGCGGGGAGUUUGUGGAGCUGCUUGUGAAGAGCUACAGGGAAUGCCUCAAGGAGUGCAAGUUUGAGGAUGCCAGGAUCAUUGUGCGCUUCUUUUCCGACCUGGUCAACUGUCACGUCAUCUCGGUGGGGUCACUGGUGACUCUGUUUGAGAGCAUGCUUGAGGUCACCUUGGAAGAAGGCACCCCACAGGUCCGUUCCGACUGGUACGUGUAUGCCGUGCUCACUGCUCUUCCUUGGGUUGGGCGUGAACUCUACGAGAAAAAAGAUCAGGAGCUGGACCGGCUGCUGCGCCACAUUGAUGACUACAUCAGCAAGCGGCAAAAGAAGCACGUGCCAGCUCUGCGGGUCUGGCAGGCGGAAGUACCUCAUGCCCAAGAAGAGGGGCUGGACUGCCUGUGGGCACAGGUGUCCAAGCUGCGCGGGGACAAGUGGGUGGAGCGGCAACUGGUGCGUCCCUACCUGGCGUUUGACGGGGUCCUGUGCGAGGCCCUCCAGCACAACCUGCCACCCCUUCCCGCCCCACCGCACCGUCCAGAGGACACCUACCCGUUCCCCAGGGUCGUCUUCCGCCUCUUCGACUACACUGACUGCCCUGACGGCCCAGUGUUGCCCGGUGCCCACCUGGUGGAGCGGUUCUUGGCGGAGGAGCAACUCUGCCACAUCCUGGAUCGGCACCACACCGACCGCAAGCUCUGUGCUGCGCAGCUCUUGAGUUUCCCCGGCAAGGUCAAGUUACCACUGGAGUACAUGAUUGUUGAGGUGAUUUUCGGGGAGUUGUUGCGCCUGCCUACCUCGAAAAACCUGGAGAUCUGUUACGGUUCCCUGCUCCUGGAGCUUUGCAAACUGCAGCCAAGCACCAUGCCUCAAGUCCUGGCGCAAGCAGUGGAGCUACUGUACGAACGGCUGGACACCAUGAACACGGACUGCAUAGAUAGGUUCUGCAGUUGGUUUGCGUACCACCUGAGCAACUUCCAGUUCCGCUGGACAUGGGACGACUGGUCGGAGGCAGUGACCCUGGACGCGCUUCACCCCAAGGCCCUGUUUUUGCGCGAGGCGCUUCACAGGUGUCUAAGGUUAUCAUACCAUCAGCGGAUUUUGGACUUUGUACCAGAGUCCUUUGCACCGUUCGUGCCGGCCAAGCCAGCACCGGACUACCGAUACGCCAAGGAAGGAGCGGAGUCCAUUCCCGGCGCGGCCACUGCGGCCAGGCUCAGCACGAGCAUCCGGGAGAAGUGCACUCCCGAGGAAGCACUGGAGGUGCUGGCGGACCUCCCCAACCCCUUGCAAGAGGACGACGUGGAACCAGCGCACAAUCCCCUGAAGAUUCAGGUGUUCGUGGAGACACUGCUGCACAUAGCCAGCAAGUCCUUCUCGCACUCCUUCGCCGGCAUCGCCAAGUUCCACUACGUGUUCAAGUCCCUUGCAUCCACAGAAGAGGCGCAGAUCUGCGUCCUUCGCAGCACCUUCAACGUCUGGCACAAUCACAAGCAGAUGAUGAUUGGCCUCGUGGACAAGUUUCUCAAGACGCAGAUCGUCGAGUGUUCCGCCGUGGCCAACUGGAUCUUCUCAAAAGACCUGGCUGCUGAGUUUACCAGGUCCUACGUGUGGGAGAUCCUGCACCUGACCAUCCGCAAGAUGAUCAAGCACGUCCGAAAACUCGAGACAGAGCUGGAAGAUGCCAAGAACAAGCUCCAGAAGGGGGAGUCUGAGGACAAGGAGCCACCAACGGACCUGAUGGUCGAGAGGAUGGAGGAGAAGCUGGAGGCGACACAGAGUGACUUAAAGAAUCUGUUCCUCAUCAUCUUCCAGCGGUUCAUCAUGAGCCUUACGGAGCACAUUGCGCACUGUGAGGCAGAGGGCACCAACUUCCAGACCCACUGGUUCAGGUGGACGCUCGGUCGUCUGCAAGAGGUCUUCUUUCAGCACCACGAGCACGUGUUCAAGUAUGUGACUACCCUGGAAUCAUUGGUCUUCACCAACGACAUUGAUCCCCAUGUGCUGGAAGUGUUCCAGCAGUUUGCAGCUCUCCGCGCCUGAAUUGAUCAUUAAAACAUGCCACAUGCCACCUUCAC